AUGUCCGAAGAAGUAUGGAAUGGAAACCAAGGAAUCCUGUCCGUAUAUGUGAGCAAAGCCAGAGACUUGCCUAAUUUGAAUAAGCUGGACAAGCAAAAUGUGAUGCUUAGGUUACGAAUAGCUCAUAUGACAAGAGCCAGCAACACUCUACAUCGAGCUGGUCAAAACCCCGUCUUCCAUUAUUUAGAAAAAUUUGACAUUACCCCCGAGAUAAAGCCCUUAAUGUACGUUGAGGUUUAUUGCGAUAGAAGGAAAAAAUCUCCGCUGCCAAUUGGGAGGUGUGAAAUAGACCUGUUAAAUGCUAUUAGAGCAGACCCGAAAGAGGGCUAUUGUACCUGGUACGAACUUAAAAGAAGUGGGGAUGAAUUUGCUGGCACAAUAUUCAUUGAGUUGACUUUCACUCCCAAAGUACCUCAUUUAAACAGAGAUGAUCUUAACAAAGAAAUGGACAGGUUGGAUUCAUCUAUGGCCAUGAGGCCGAUACCACCAUUACCAACAGAGUCAGAGUAUGACUAUGUUCAUGGCUCCACAAUGAGACAAGUUACUCCCCAAUGUGCUAGCACAAGUAGUGAGAAUAAACCUGAGGAAAAAUCUUACAGCAAUGCCAAUAUAUUUUCCAUGUCAUCUAAGUCAGAUACAGCGGUGUCAGGCAAUGGUAGCGACCCAAUCGUUUUACCUCCAACUUUUGCAGCUUCCAUGGGCACAACUUCUACAUUAGAAACUAAUGAUACUGCUAUAUCAAACACUUCUGACACCAAAUUUCAUUUCGCAAAUCUAAGAAAACUAAAAGAGAAGAUAAAUAUAUUCAAGAAUCCUGAUAGUUCAAUAAACAAUUGUCAAAAUGAGUCUAAUAAGGUGGACAUCGAAGCACUUCAAAAGGCCAUUGGUGUAACUUCCUUGUCUUACGACGACGACGACGACGACGACGAAGAUGCACACAAAGCGUUCUAUUCCUCCAGCCAUAGAGUUUCCCACAACUAUAAUCAACCACCUUUACCACCUAUACCGACCAGAGAUGACAUGUCUAAUUAUUCGCAUUCACACAAUAGGCCUUUGGUAGGGAGAGAUAGGACGUCACGCCUAAGUUUUUCUUCCUCUAGCCCAAAUCCUCAUUCAUCAGCCUUGAACUCUCCAAAACUUCCGCCGCUACCGACCACUUUGAAUUCCAACUUUAGUUCGAGGAAAAAUUCUGUUUCGCCCACAAGAAGAAGACCACCUCCAAGGCUCAGCUAA